AUGGUUAUCGUAUUUGCUCCAUGGCUGAUUUUGAGAAUGUUUAUAACGAAUGCAAGCCCGCAAAAACUAUCACAAUUGAUGAAUCUUUGUAAAAAUUGCCUUCAUGAGGUGGAUCGUAAAUUUCAUGAAGAACGGAGUUGUCGUGAAAUAGCAAUGUCUCGCUUUCUUGUGUUGAUUCUUCUUGUCGCUCUACUUAGCUACAGCUUUGCGACUACAUACGGGCAGUUACAUGGAUACGGGAGUUAUGGACCAGCAUGGAGACGUCGUCUAUGGCGAGCUGAACCUGCUGCCUACGACGACCAAAUGACAAAGCUUCUCAACGAUGCUGAAUGA